AUGGCUGAUGCUAUGGUGGAGCGUAGACCAAAUACUCGAUUCUUUUGCCACAGGUGUCUCGUUGAAUUUGAAGAUGUUUUGCAGGAUUACAUAUGCCCUUACUGUGAGGGAGGAUUUAUUGAGCAACUGGAGAGUGAAGUGGAAAAUGUGACGAUGUCCGGAGACGACCACAGUGAUGCUGAUAUGAGCAACCUCGAUGACUUGAGCAAUAUUGAUGAAGUGAGCAACAUGGACGACUCGGACGAUCCACAGAGAGCAACUCCCCCAAUGUUAAAUGAUUUGGCAUUUUUAAUGUCCGGUGGACGAAUACGUGGCACAGGCGCUAUCAGACAAACGGACACAGCGACACCAAACGGUACUAGCACGAACACGACGGCUAAUAGUAAUACUGGAAAUAGUACGGGCAAUGGAGGCAAUACAAACACUAACACGAACAGUAAUACUGGGAGAAGACCGAACUUGUUGGAGGAGAUUGUAUGGAUGAUAGGAGGAGGCCGGCCACCGGCGGGAGCGGUCACCGCCGGGUCACCCUUCGUACUCGUCGGUACACCAGGAGACUAUGUCUUUGGUGGUGAAGGUCUGGACGCCGUGGUGACUCAACUCCUGGGUCAGUUAGAGCACUCUGGUCCUCCGCCGCUGCCCCGCGAGCGGCUGGCAGAGCUGCCAAGCGAGCCAGUCACUGAGGAACAGGCGCGGGCAGAAGCCGCCUGCUCCGUGUGCUGGGAGAACUUCCAGAUUGGUGAAAUGGUGUCUCGUCUAGAGUGUGAGCACGUGUUCCAUCAGAGCUGUAUAACGCCCUGGCUCCAACUACACGCCACGUGCCCAAUCUGCCGCCGGUCACUAAUACCGGACACUCCAGACCCACCACCCGCUGCCACAAACACCACGGCAGCCACCACAACCACAACUACCACAACCACCAAUAACACUAACAACACUAAUACUAACACCAACACUAACACUAACACCAAUCCCAGUAUCACCGAGACACAGAUUCGAAUAGCCGCUCGUCCUCACGUCGUGAUUCGUCGUUCGACGGGGGCCCAUCCCGCCUUUUUCCGUCGCUUCCCCACUCGUAUGACCACGUGGGACUCAUUGAACGACACCAGCUCGGGGUCCAUGUCCCCCGCCUCAUCUAUAACUACAGGGGGCAUCUGGGCGCCCCAGACUAGGACCAGCAACUCAACAACCUCAACGAACUCAUCCACAUCACUAAAUUCCAAUGAAAGAGAGAGACAGUACAACACAGACAUUGACUAUGAUUAA